UGCUAACAAAUGGCUACUCGAUUUUCAGAGAUUAUUCACUUGCCGGGUGGCGACACGUGCUCUCCUAAAGGCCUUGCAAUACAACAAGAUUGCAGCGUGUUGGUGACCGACCCUGGAAGCCACUGCAUUUGGAAGAUUGACGCAGAUUUGGAAUCUGAAAAUUCCUCUCCCGUUUCAGUGUUUGCGGGUCGUCCAGGAAUGUGUGGACACGCCGAUGGACAGGCAAAAGAAGCCCUGUUUGACUUUCCUGAGGGAAUAGCAAUCAGUUCAGAUGGAAUUGCGUAUGUGGGUGAUACGUCAAGACGUAUCGGUGAUGAUGGUCACGUAAUGAAGCUGAGAGCGAUUAGUGACAACGGUCUAUUAGUUGAGACAUGUUAUGGUUCAUAUGAUGUUCAUACUCAUGGAUGUUCCAAUUGCUUGGAUUUUGGUCCCGAUAGUUUCUUGUAUUGGGCAAAUGGAAAAGUCAUUAAAAGAAUGGAGCGUCAAGGCAAGCUUCAGUUUGGUCUAUUGCAAGUUUUUGCAUGUCCAUGUGAUGAAAUAAGCCAACAUGUUCCAAGCCCUUUAGGCUACACAUUUUCCUGUAUUGAUCAAAUCAAAUGGACAUGCAGUGGAACAUUAUACAUUACUGACAGUAGACAAAGAGAUGUACUAAAAGUGGAAGGAUGUAUCACCCCAUUUCUUGGACCUGGUGAUUUGGGCCCUGGUGGUUGCCCUGGAGGCAUUGCAGGUGGUCUUGACGAUUAUAUCUACUUGUCGAAUCAAAAGGGAGCAUCUGGCCAGAUUGAUCAGGCUAUUUCUCAACAUAACAAUAGGUCUUUCGUUCAGGAGCAUAUGGUGAAUGAUAAAACUCAGAAGAUAAGAAAGCCAGGAUGGAUGGCAUUAGACCCUAUCAGGAAUUGGCUUUUCUUUGUAGACAACGAUUCCGUCGGUUUAGUUCUCUUGUUUUAUCACUCUACGUGUGCAAUGCCACAGACACCACCAAGCACACUACAAGAAGAUCUUUCAAAGCUAAUUGAUGACCCAAGCCUUAGUGAUGUCUCGUUCACUGUAGAGGGCAAGCAGUUAAGAGGCUGCCGGGCUGUUUUAGCAGCACGAAGUGCAUACUUUAAAGGAAUGUUUCAGUCACAGAUGCUAGAGGCUACUCAGUCGGCGGUCACGAUAGCAGACGUCAAAUAUGAAGCAUUUCGCACUGUUCUAGUCUACCUACAUACUGGCAAGACAGAUGUAGUGACCGAUCCUGAAAUAAUACGAGAAAUGUACACACUUGCAGAUCGUUACCAGUUGGAUCAUUUGAUGGCUAUAGCAAGGGAGAAGUUAGUUUACAACUUUACUGUUGAGAAUGUGGUCAGUCUCUAUCGAUUGGCAUUUCACCUUGGUGACACAUCACUCUCAAAUGCAUGUAUUGAGAUGAUAUCUAGGAAUCUGGAAAUAAUCGAAGAAACAGACGAUUUUAAGCAACUAGAAAAAGACGUGAAGUUACAGAUGUAUAGCAGUGUGGUGAAGUGUGUGAAAAAGAGGCACUAAAUAUGCUUGCUUGGGUUUGAGACUCAAUUAGAUGUGUUUGUUCAUGUUGGGUUUCGUUUGUGUCAUAUUGUGAUGCGACUUGUUUGUUGGUUUAUAGAAACAUCUAAACUCAAGUUAG